AAAUUUGUGGCAAUCUCCCUCGACCCUCGCAUUUUCACUAUCUGAAUUCCGAACACCACCGUGGAGUGUAGAACAUAACCAUGGAGGUUGCAACCGCCAACUCAGCUUUUACCUUCGCAGUCAACAAGCCCAUGCUACUGUUUCCUUCUUCAUCAAGAACCCUAACCCCUAUCAAAGCCAUCAAAUCCUCUUUCAGGAACUCUAUCUCCACCGAUUUCGUCGCACCUUCAACCGUAAUCACCAGUUCCUCUAGCCUUUUCUCCGGUCACAAGCUCCGACCUCCUUGCCUCAAUCCGGCGUCAUUUCAAAGUUCCGGCGCCAAAAGAGGCGUCGUUACUAUGGUUAUUCCUUUCAAAAGAGGGACUGCAUGGGAGCAACCUCCACCAGACUUGGCUUCUUACUUGUUCAAAAAUCGAAUUGUUUACUUGGGCAUGUCUCUCGUUCCAUCUGUCACAGAGUUGAUGGUUGCUGAAUUUCUUUACCUUCAAUAUGAUGAUGAAAAAAAACCCAUUUAUAUGUACAUAAACUCCACUGGGACAACCAAGGGAGAUGUGAAGUUGGGUUAUGAGACUGAAGCACUUGCAGUUUAUGAUUUAAUGAGCUAUAUCAAAGCUCCUAUUUUUACUCUAUGUGUUGGCAAUGCUUGGGGAGAGGCAGCCUUACUUUUGGCUGCUGGUUCAAAGGGUAACCGUUCUGCUUUGCCAUCAUCAACUAUAAUGAUAAGACAGCCAAUUACACGGUAUCAAGGUCAAGCAACAGAUGUCAACCUUGCAAGAAGAGAAAUCUCGAAAGUGAAGACAGAAUUGGUUAAUUUGUUAGCCAAACACACUGAAAAAACACCCGAGCAGAUUGAAGCUGAUGUUCGGCGUCCAAAGUAUUUUAGUCCUAGUGAAGCUAUUGAGUAUGGAAUCAUAGACAAGGUAUUGUACAAUGAGAGGGGCUCUAAGGACCAUGGCGUUGUUUCUGACCUUAAAAAGGCACAGCUUAUUUGACUUACAGGAGAUAAACCCUAUUUUCUUGAAGUUGAGAAAUUUGCAUGGAAAUGUAGAUCAGCGAAAAUGAAGGACCUAAGAGAUCAGCAGCCAAAAAGAUACAACUGUGCCAAGUACUGGUACAAUUAACCUGCAAUAUUGGAAUAUCAUGUUUAUAACACCAUAGACUGCUUUGUAUCCCAUAAGAUAAGGUAGUAGAAACAAAUCCCAAGUGUUUGUAAAAUGCUGUAUACAUGUUUGAUUCUGAUUUAUUCAAAUUUGAAAUUUUAUGAA